CGCCGUUGCCCCCAACCGCCGUUGCCCCCAACCGCCGUUGCCCCCAACCGCCAUUGCCCCGCCGCCCCCGGCUGAGCCUGCCCACCCCGCGCCGUCCCACCGCCAUGUCGCUCCGCGUCACCGUGAUCUACUGCGGAGCCUGAGGCUACAAGUCCAAGUACGAAGAGCUGCGGGCCGAGCUGGAGGAGCGCUUCCCCGGAGCGUUGGACAUGGCAGGGCAGGGCACGCAGGAGGUGACCGGGUGGUUCGAGGUGUCGGUGGGCGGCCGCCUGGUGCACUCCAAGAAGAACGGUGACGGCUUCGUGGACACCAACUCCAAGCUGCAGCGCAUUGUGGCCGCCAUCGAAGCUGCCCUCAAGUAGACCCCACAUCGCCCCACAUCACAUGGGGGGGCUCACGCUGACCCCCCCCCCCCCCAGCACCGCCUGGCUCUGUUGGCACAGCGCUCCAUGACGGGGGUGGUCAAAAGGCCCACGGGCACACGGCUGCUUCCAGAACCCGCGCACCGCACCGGAGCCAGAGCUCGUGUUCCAACCUGCUGGGGGUCUGUGUUACGCCAUCCGUGCUUCACGCCGUGUCAUCCAGGUUUGGCACACGUUGUCCAUGUUUGACUUUAUGACACGGAGGUUUCGUUUGACGCCACCGACGUUUCGUUUGACGCCGUUGUUGUUCCAUUUGACGCCAUUGAUGAUUUGUUUGACGCCACUGACGUUCUGCUUUAUGCCCACAUCGUUCACCAAGUGCUGCUCCUCUCCUGGGUUGAGCUGUUCUACCAUUAUAACAUGUGCCAUUAUAACAUGUGCCAUUAUAACACCACUUGGUGAUGUUUCUCAAUAAAGUUGUGGGAACUUUGGGCUGCCUCA